AUGGAAAUCGAAUCCUCAGAGUUAAUACUUCAAUUUCUGAAGGAAAACAACCUUUCUAACACAUAUGCAGCUCUACAGGAAGAAUCGACUAUAGCUCUAAAUACAGUUGAUUCAGUUGAAUCAUUUAUAGAAGAAAUAACACAAGGACAUUGGGACACAGUUUUGAGAACAGUGGCUAAUUUAAAAAUACCUCAACGUAAAUUGAUUGAUCUCUAUGAACAGAUUGUUUUGGAAUUGAUAGAAAUGCGCGAGCUUGGCGCGGCUCGUACGUUAUUGCGGCAAACGGAUCCGAUGCAGAUACUACGAGAACACUUUUCAGAGAGAUACUUGCAUCUUGAACAUUUACUUUCACGAACAUGGUUUGAUCCUAAAGAGGCAUAUCCACCUGGUAUGACCAAGGAAAAACGGCGACAAAUUAUAGCUCAAGUAAAGAUUAUAGCUCUUUCUAGUGAAGUGACUGUAGUGGCUCCGUCAAGAUUGUUAGCUUUACUUGGACAGGCAUUAAAAUGGCAACAGCAUCAAGGCCUAUUACCUCCAGACACAGCGUUUGAUCUUUUUCGAGGAUCUGCCCCGACAACGAAGGCGGAAGAUGAUGCUGAACCAACGAAGUGCUACGCUACAAUCAAGUUUCCCAAAAAGCAACACGCGGAAUCUGUUGCAUUUUCCCCUGAUGGUCAGUAUCUGGUUACUGGUAGUGUUGAUGGGUUUAUUGAAAUAUGGAAUUACUUGACAGGAAAACUACGAAAAGAUUUCAAGUAUCAAGUCGAAGAUAAUCCAAUGUUAAUGGAAGAUCCUGUUCUUUGUUUGAGCUUUAGCAAAGAUAGUGAGAUGCUCGUGUCUGGAGCUCAGGAUGGCACCAUUAAGGUAUGGAAAAUUCAUACCGGUCAAUGUACUCGGCGUUUUUCUCCUGCACAUAGUCAAGGAGUCACAUCAGUCUGUUUUAAUAGAGACGGUAGCCAGAUUCUUAGCGCUAGUUUUGAUCAUACAGUAAGACUCCACGGACUAAAAUCAGGAAAGACGCUCAAAGAAUUUCGUGGUCAUUCUUCUUUCGUGAAUAAUGCCACAUUUUCUUAUGAUAUGACUCAAGUUAUUAGCGCAAGUAGUGAUGGGACAGUAAAGAUUUGGGAUAGUAAAACGACAGAUUGUCUACACACAGUACUACCAAAUAGUGCUCAAGCGGCAACUAUUUCUGGUGGUAUAGCAGUUAAUUGCGUAAUCCAGAUGCCAAAGAAUAUGGAUCAAGUUGUAGUGUGUAAUAAAAGCGCAAUGGUGUAUUUGAUGACAAUGCGAGGACAGAUUCUGAAAUCAUUCACGUCCGGCAAAAAAACUGGAGGUGAUUUUAUGGGUUGCACUGUUUCUCCUCAAGGCGAUUUUAUUUAUUGUGUUGGAGAGGAUUCCAUUAUCUAUAGUUUUAAUGUAACAAGUGGAAAGUUGACCUCCACUUUAAAGUUGUCUGAAGUGGAAGUCAUUGGAGUCGCACAUCAUCCAUUUUCCAACAUUUUAGCUUCAUAUGCAGAUGAUGGGGUGAUAUCUUUAUGGAAACCAUAA